UGCACCGCGCUCCGAACUCCCGGCCACCGUUGUAGGUGCGGGCCGCCUGAAUGGAGCGCUGGGCGUAAGGCAAAGCCUGGCACUGUCCGCGCGGCCGGUACCUGCUCCUGAGCGCAAGUGCGGGGUGUGGGCCGUGCGCGUGCGCGCCCAGAAGAGGCGCGAGGCGAACGCGCCUGGCCGUUACUGGCACGUAGCCGCUGAGGUUGGCGGCAGCAGCGGCAAAGCCGCGCGUUGAACUGUCGGGUACUUGCAGGGCCUCCCGCCUCGCCUGGGGCUGCAGGCAGCCGUGGCGGCCGCCGGGGACCGCAAGGGCCGGAAGAAGGGAGGAGGCCGGUCCCGGCACACGGAGGAACCGCCGAGCAUGCCCCGAGACAACAUGGCUUCCUUGAUCCAACGGAUCGCCCGCCAGGCUUGCCUCACCUUCCGGGGCUGCGGGGGCGGCCACGGCGCUUCCGACCGCGGCGCGACGGCUGGCCCAGAGGCAUCGAUACCGCCCGGCUUCCCUGAGAACCUGAGCAAGCUGAAGAGCCUGCUGACCCAGGUCCGCGCCGAGGACCUCAACAUCGCCCCGCGCAAGGCCACGCUGCAGCCGCUGCCGCCAAACCUACCACCGGUCACCUACAUGCACAUCUACGAGACGCACAGUUUCAGCCUCGGCGUGUUCCUGCUCAAGAGCGGCACUUCCAUCCCGCUGCACGACCACCCGGGCAUGCACGGUAUGCUCAAGGUGCUCUACGGCACCGUCCGCAUUAGCUGCUUGGACAAGCUGGAGACGGGCGGUGGGCAGCGUCCGCUGUCCCCGCCGCCGGAGCAGCAAUUCGAGCCGCCGCUGCAGGCCCGGGAGCGGGAGACCAUGCGGCCGGGCAUCCUGCGCUCGCGGGCGGAGUACACUGAAGCCAGUGGCCUCUGCGUUCUCACGCCGCAUCGGGACAACCUGCACCAGAUUGACGCUGUGGACGGGCCCGCUGCCUUCCUGGACAUCUUGGCCCCGCCCUACGACCCCGACGACGGCCGGGACUGCCACUAUUACCGGGUGCUGGAGCCAGUCAGGCCCAAGGAGGCCUCUGGCUCAGCCGGUGACCUUCCCCGAGAGGUAUGGCUCCUGGAGACCCCGCAGGCCGAUGACUUCUGGUGCGAGGGGGAGCCCUAUCCAGGUCCCAGGGUCUUCCCUUGAAACCACGGACGCUAGCGGUCGGCCGAAGACGAGGCCUUGCUGCUCGAUAACUACCUACCACAAGGGCUCAGUGUCUCGCGAUCUGACCCCUAGCCUGGACGUUGGAUCUCCUGGAGUAACCAGCAGCAGCAGCGUCCUCGCCAGUCUUGGAAAGCACGGGCUACUGGGCAGCAGCCAUCGGGCACGGUUAAGGGGGCGGGGUGGGCGGGAGGCUAGGCUAUUUCCUGGUACUUUCACUGCGCCAGGGCUUUGAUUUCGGGAGUGGGGCAGGGGAUUUUGAAGUGCUUCCAUCCUAAAGCCAUAAUAAGAAUAUUCCUCCUCUGUUCCCCAUGCUUUACAAAAUACACUAAAUGGUUUUUCACCCCAACCCCACUUGGUAAAUAGAGUUUGUUUUCCACUCCUGCCCUUAUGACCUUUUGCUCUUCACAAUUAACUUAUUGACUGCAUGACCAAGUGGUUUGAAUUGAUUUUAGUUCAAGUCAUUGGUUAAAACUACAUUUUCCAGAAAUGCGCAACUUUUAAAGUGAGCUGUCCAGCCACAGCUGCCCUGUGAAAAUUUAAUCAUCUUUUCAGAGUUUUGGGAUCACCCUAAAAGCGUAACUAUGCAUACGGAGGACAAGAUGUAUUUUCUUUCCUCCCUUUGCUCUAUAGCUUAUAUCUAGGUUUCUCAGGCAGCCUUUACUAAAACAUUCAGUCACCUGCGUAUCUCAGUGCGAGCUGGUUCCUUAGUGUUUAUCUCCAGAUCUGUGAGUUGAGCAAGUUUUUUGUUGUAGAUUCACCUUUAAUGUGAAGGCUGUAUUAUACUCCAGUGACUGUUUUCUUGUCCUGAUGUACUUUCAAGAGAUGAUACGGUAAUUCUGUGUUUUCUAACCAGAAUCAAAGGAGCUCAAUCUGUUAUGCUUCCAAACAACUGAAUGUAAAACACUCCUAGCCAACUGUUAAAUUCCAUAUGCCUAUUGACUUCCAGUAUCUUCCUAUAAAAGUAGAAGACAACAUUAUAUUGGUGACUGUUUCACAUUCUCCCAGGAACCAGAGGGCUGUGAUUCCCGCUCAGCUGCUGGUGUUAUCCCUCUCCUUCACAGUGUUGAGCAAGCACUUGCUUCAUUUGAUGUGUUUUUGUAGAAAAGUAGGAGGCAUAGAUGAUCUAGCCUGGAGAGCUGGGAAUUAAUUGGGCAUUUUAGGGCACCAAAACUUGGGAUGAGAUGCUUCCCACUUGCAAAUCCUGAAAUAACAGUUACAUGUUAGAUUUAUUUUUGCCCUUUUAAAAAGCUGAGCAACUUUACCUUGUUUACAGAUGUAUUGACACCAUUUGCUUCAGGCCAUGGAGCACUGUUUUCCCUUUUGUACUAUUUAUACUAUUCCAUUUUUGGUUUUUUUCACGAAGCUUUUUUCAUAAAAACAAAGCAGUAGAAAUAAACACCUUGAGAUUUGCAGGGCUAUUGUUCAAGCCUUUUUGAUGGACUUACACAUGUGGCAAUAGACUUCUGCCUGUAAUAAAGGAAAAUCUACUAUUAUUGUGGAAAGUAUUUGCUGCCCUUGAGGGAAACUACAUGUCUUGCCUCUAACUACACUGGGUUACACAGACCUAGGGUGAAGGAGUAUUUGUUCCCAGUUCUUAGUACAGAAAAGCAAGUUCUUUUUAAUAAGAGACACUUAUUCAAUUCAACGUGACGGGCCACGAAAAUCCUGUUAAAACCUGACACAGGCAUAAUACCAACCAUUUCUUCCAGGGUUGCAAAAAUUGUUACUGUAACUUUACAUUUUGGUGUGAUUUUAAAUGCCUUGGGGACAAUAUGAAGCUGCUCUUCAUGCCACUCAGUUUGAAAACAAAUCCUACAUAUGCAAAUAAUUUUCUUAGAAAAUGUCACAAAAUAAAAUAUUUGUGUUUUUUAUAGCACAGUAAUGAAUGUGUGUAGUUAUCAUCGGUUGGUCACACACUUUUUAAAGUUAUAGCAAAAAAUUUACAAAGACUGUUGAUAGUCAAAUGUUUGUUAUGGUGUAAUCUGGAGUAUGUUAAACUAAACCUAUAGAAACAUUCUGGAAAUAUGGCAGUAAUAAAGGAAAAAGUAUUAUGAAAGACUUUACUACCCCCCAAAAGUGGUAAAAGUUCUCAAUUACAAGCAGAUUGGAAGGGAAAGACUGAGGUGCUUUUCAAAAGAGUAACUGAAGUUGUUCAGGCAAAAACAGCAAUAUAUCUUUUUAAUUUAGUUAAGUAAGAACAGUGAAAUUUUGGUUCACUGAUAAAAUCUGAGUAAAUUCAUGCUGAAAACAAAAUGUAAUUUGUUUUCAUAAACCAGUACAGAAAAAGUAUGCUCAUUAGAUAAAAUGUGGUACAGAGGAAACCUUGCACCUCUAUGCAUAAAGUGUUCGUCACGACUGACUUCUUGUGCUGCUAUUGUUUCCAUGUAGUCCUGCAUAUAGAUUGUUUUAAUAAUUACUGUGGGAUAAAAGUUACCUUCUCCUGGGAAAGACUAAUGAGCACAAUGGUAUUAAUCAUUUAAUUUUUUUGUUAAAUAAUAAAUGCAAUAAUUGCCUUUCA